AUGGAGCCUCCAGAAACGCCCGCGCCCAUCUUCGCGCUCCGCGCUUUUCAGAGCGCAUUAUUUGGGACGCCAAAGGCCGGCGAUGAAGAUAUCACGAACUCUAACCUAAAACCGAAUCAAGGGACACGUACUAGUCAGAUUAGUACCAGUAUUAUUACCCAGAAGCCCGCCGAGCAGAAGGAAAAUUCUGCAACUAUCAAUAAGCCAGAACCCGAUCCAAGCUCCACCGCGAUGUCUCCGACAAAGAGCAUCCUUAUGACCCCGGGCACUGCGUCAAACCGUCGCAAAACUGUCUCCUUUGGAGAAGGCGUUGUCGACAACGAGCGCAAGCGCGACGACGCCUCCAACAGAUGGGUGAAAACGCCAGUCAUGGCAUCAGGCAACAUUAGCAGCCAGUGGACAUCGUCCUCAUUGGAAGGCAAGCGAAGCAGACUGACUCAAGCUUUGAUGGACUCGCGAGAGAAACCAUCUAGAGCGCCUGAAAAGCCUGCACAAAAGUCCAGUCAACCUGGUUCGUCGGAAACGGGUUCGAAGCCAGCACAUACACCCACACAAGGGGGCGACGAAGAAGAUACGAUCAACAUGAACGAACCACGGUCUCGCUCCGGGCAAUACUGGAAGACGGAAUUUGACAGCUACAGAGCGAAGACCGCUCUAGAAAUUAAGAGACUGAUUCAGUAUCGCUCGGCGGCCAAACAAUAUGCCAAGAUGAAAGACGACGAGGCAUACCGCUUGGCUACGAAGUUGAAGGAAGAAGAGCUCAAAGUGGAGGAUAUGGAGCGCCAGGUAAUGCAGCUCGCGUCCACAAUGGUAGCCCAAGACACAGGUGCCGACGAUCGUCAACUCGUCCGCGAUCUUACAAAGCAGACCACUCUCGCGUUAGAGUGGAGACACAAGGCCAACCUGCUGCGUGAGGCACUGGAAAAGCACGGCAUCGUUGGCAAUGAAGUCGACGAAGUCGCAGGGCAAUCAGAGGCGGUUGUUUCGUCAAAAGAGGAAUCAGAGGCGCUGACUGAGACUCAGCAUGCGCUGGAUCAAGCAAACGCUAAAAUUGAGGAGAUGAAACAACAACAACCGGACUUUGAGAAACUCCGAGGUCUUGUCCUCAGCUCUGAGCAAAAAGCGUCAGAGCUUGAGAAAGAAAACGCCAUGCUCAAGCAUACGUUAGCCCGCGUCAAACAGGAAACAUCCAAGUAUGAGGAUCGACGCAAGGAGAGGGAAGCAAAGUUGAAGCAACGGGAGACCAAGCUAGAGACAAGGAUUCGAGAGUACCGCGAACGCCUGAAGACAACCACACAACACCACCGUGAGCAGGAAGAGGCCAUGAAGGCAUCCUUCGAUAAUGAACGCCGCUCUCUCCGGGAGCAGAACGACGCGCUCAGAACAAGAGUACGAGCCCUAGAAUAUGCAGCUCGCCAAACGCUGUCGGGUGACUCUAAACAGCAAAAGGGAAAGGUCGUAUACGACUCGGGUCCCGUCAGUCCUCAGAAGGAACACUUUGACGAGACAGGGGAAACAGACUUGCCACUCAGUCCCAGCCCGCGCGGCCCUCGCAUGAUCGGUGAGCUAGCAGACGAGGAUGCAAAGAGGGCCAUGGGCAUCAAGGAUAUAGAUGAGAGGAUCUAUAACCUACCGAUAUCGCCUCUAAAAGGAUAUAAGGGUCCUUAUCGCGACCUGACCGAUCUUCUCUUACCAUCUUCGCCCCCGGUAAAUCCGUCAAUUGAAACCAAUGCCUUGCCCAGCGCAGACAACCGACGCGCCCAUGCAACCGCAUCUCUCCCCAGCCGUCGACUCCAUUUGGAGAGCGGUUCCGUCAGCCUCCGUCCAGAUCGUCUCUACCGUGCCCGGCCCUCAGCUACGAAGUACAGCCUCGCCGCAUUAUCUUCCAACAUCCAGCAACAUGAUCGUGCAACAAAGAGGCACACCCUACCUGCCUCCCAGCGCGAUCCAGUACCGGUCGAGCGCAAAUCCGCCGCUCACAAACGCCAUGAGCAGAAGGUGGAGGCACGUCAGGAAGGCAAGGAAGGCAAAGAAAGUCUGACUAUGCGAACAGCCGUGAAGACCUAA